AUGUAUGAAAAUUGGAAAAAUGUAGAGGACCAGGAGGAACUAUCAAUAAUCAAAAAGUACGCGAAAAGAGGAACUACGUUUACUAAGAUCAUGUCUGUUGAAAUCGGUGUUUGUAUGCCGGUAUACUGCUUUACAAAGCUAUUGCCUGCUAUUUUAAACUACAUCGACCCACUCGUCGAACCUCGUCCUCUAACUAACAUAGCAGAAUGCGACUAUUACUUCUUCGAUUGGGAAGACUACUACGUGCUUACGUUCUUACAUUAUUUCCUAGCCGCAUGUCUCGUUGUCUUGGUAGUAAAUACUGUGGACGAUUACUAUUGCAAAGCUACCCAGCACGCUUGUGGCAUGUUUGACAUUUUAAGAUUUGCCGACUUGAUAGAGCGUACUUUUACGUAUGCAUUUUUCUUGACACUAUUUACAAAUAUGCUUCAAAUAAGCAUCACUGCACUACACGUUAUUCGUGAUACGUCUAAAUCCAUCACAACGCUGAAUUUUAUGUUAAUCUGUGCAAUAUCUAUAGCCCGAUUGUUUUACCUUUCUUACGCAGGUCAAACAUUACUUGAUCACAGUUCUAAAGUAGAUGAAUAUGUAUAUAAUUGCGAAUGGUAUGAUUUUCCACCGAAAGCUAAAAAACUACUAUUAUUAAUGUUAGUAAGAAGUUCAAGACCUUGUUACCUAACAGCUGGUAAAAUUAUGGGAGUUAAUUUAAUCACUUUUUCUUCGCUUAUCAAGUCCGCGGUUUCAUAUGCAACAGUGAUUUUAUCAACAUCGCCCAAAGAAAGUCCACUUGAAGAUUCUUGA